AUGGCCAGUGCAAAUGAAAAGAGUAAUGGGUACAUCUAUGACUUACCAAGGUACAACAUUGACCGUACUAACACAGGGCCUGGGGGCAAUAGAUUGUACUUCUGUUUCCAAGCGGGUGGUUGUGAAAACACAAAGUAUUAUCAGUUUAUUGGAAAAGUCAACAGUACAAAUGGAAGCGAAAAAUGUUUUCAAAAAAUGACGCAUGAAGAAGCUCGGCUCUACCGUGAAAACUAUUCCUGCCCUGAUCCCCUACCAUCGAUCCAAUCCUCCCAUCAAUAUUUGAACAGAGAAGGACAGUUUGUGUCAGAAAGCAUGGGGUUAUUUGUUAAGAAUAUCAGUCAUGACAGAUCUAACGAAAAUUUUGGAAAUGAUGGCAACAUACCAAAUAACCAAUUAAAUGCAGAGGCUGCAGAGUUCGUGCCAAAUUUUACUCACGAUCUGAAGUAUUAUCAUCAAAUGUAUUACAAUCAAAAUCUAUAA